AUGCUAAGGUGGCUCAUCGAGCAGGUUAUCAACAUCAACGAUGAAGAGGAAGGAGAGAUCCGCGCUACAGCCUUGCAUUACGCUGUGUCGUGGGGCCAUCUGGAAAUGACAAAGCUGCUCUUGGAUAACGGAGCAGAAAUCGAUCAUGCCACAGGUCAGGGAUGGACGCCACUCCUAGUUGCGGCACAGAACGGCGACCGCAAUAUCGCUGCCGUUCUAGUCGACUAUGGUGCUGACCUGGAACAAACGAACCGACGCGGAUGGGCUCCUUUACACAUGGCUUUCGACCAUGAGCCAGUAGUCCGUCUCUUGCUUGAGCGUGGUGCUGAC